GGAAAAGAGAAGCCUGAAGCGGGUUCCCUCGCCUGUAUUUUCCGCGCAUGCGUACUAUAUGGGGCAAAAGUGAUAUUUGAUGUUGAGUUGCGUGGGGCGUCUGAAGUUGCGUAUGCUGGGUCCUCUUGGCUUUCGUGGUGCGGGCCAAGCGGAAAAAUCCUCUCACGCCAUGGAUUUGGGGUCCCUUCGGAAGAACUACAAGGGGGACGAAGAGGCCUUUGAGGAGAAACAUCUGGCCUCCCUUAACCCUAUUAAGCAGUUCUCUGUAUGGUUUGAAGAGGCUAUGAGGUGCCCAUCCAUUGGGGAAGUCAACGCCAUGUGCUUGGCCACCUGUACUAGGGAUGGAAGGCCUUCUGCUCGAAUGUUGCUUUUGAAGGGGUUUAGCCAAGAAGGCUUUUGCUUCUUCACUAACCAUGAGAGCCGGAAAGGAAGAGAACUGGAUUCAAACCCAUUUGCUUCGAUGGUCUUCUACUGGGAGCCCCUCAAUCGCCAGGUCCGGAUUGAGGGCUCUGUAGAGAGGCUUCCUGAGCAGGAAUCUGAGAAGUACUUCCACUCACGCCCAAAGAGCAGCCAGAUUGGGGCUGUUGUGAGUCAUCAAAGCACAGUGAUCGCAGACAGAGAGUAUUUAAGAAAGAAGAAUGCAGAGCUAGAAGAGGUGUACCGAGCAACAAAGGUGCCUAAGCCAGCUUAUUGGGGAGGCUACAUCCUGAAGCCAGAAGUCAUAGAGUUCUGGCAGGGCCAAACAAACCGUUUGCAUGACCGCAUUGUUUUCCGGUACCUCCAGGACAGCAGCGUCGUCUUGAAGCCCAUGACCCACAGAGGAGAAGGCAACUGGCUCUACGAGAGACUCUCUCCUUGAGAAGCUUGCAGAAUUCACCCUCUUUUUGCACCAUUCUUGGAAUAUCAGUGCCAAAAUCUAUGUUCCCCGCUUACCUCUCAGACAGAGCAUGCAAAUAACUGGUGGACAAAGAUGUGGGCUGGGAAGAUCUGGAUUUAUAUCCCUAUUGACCUAUGGAUGCUCUUUGACCAGUCACUAUCUCUCAGCCUAAGUUACCUUACAAGGUAAUUGUGAAGAUAAAGUGGGGGAAUAUCUGUGUAAACCAGCCAAAGCCCAUUGGAAGAAAGACGGGAUGAAAUAGCCAGGGCCCAAGCAUCUUUUUUUUGGCUCAGUUCAGUCUUGUACCAUGGACCGCCUCUUACAAGCACCAUAAUCCUAUCCAUACAGUCUCAGGAGCUGUGAAAGAAAAGUUUCUGUUGUCAUUUUGAAAUCAGAUUAUGUCACAAUUAUUCUGGGCCUGUAAAUCCCACUAAAACCACUGGAUCCUACUACCCCUGGGAUUACUGUCCCUGAUUAUUAUGAUGUUUGUCUGUUCCACCAGAAAUCCCUCCCUCCUGUCUAUGCACUAAGAAUUCUGGGAUUGGUCAUUCUUGAGAAAGCAUGUCAUACAGAGAACCACAGAUUUAGCUGUCUCUCAAACUACAUGUCCUAGUUUAACUGCACACUUGCACUCUCUCUGGUCUAGUGGAGGGCUUGAGCCAGCAAGUCACUGUUCAGGAUGCUGCUAGUUCUGCUCUAAUGUUGCUUCUGAUUGGCUCUAGUAAUCUCACAAAAUCUGAACAGGUACAUAAGAUAUAGGGAACUAAGUUUUCAUAGGUUUCCUCAAGCAGCAUCUACACUUUAUUAGCCUUAGUGUUUUUCCUCAUGAUAAUUGGAUUGCAGCCUGGGUCAGGCCCUCCUGGAUCUCUGAGCCCUGUUAAAGUAUACCCUUCUCUCUCUGCCUGCUCCAUAUGUUUGGACCCAGGAAAUAACAGUAUUUGUGUUCAGGACAUGACCACACUACACAUUUUUAAAUGAUUCAAACAUUUUUAACUUUCAUGUCUCCCAAAACAUGGAACCUUGGGAGUUUAUAGUGAAACAGAAUUCUCAACAUCUUUCCAUUACUUUACCUUCCAGGGUCUUGAGGUGGGGGUGACUCUUUCAGCCAGGCUUAACAUUGUAGUUAGCAGAGACACCUGCGUUGUUCUGUAUUGGAAUGGAACAAAUAGGCUUAGUUCCAUUUAAGCUAACAGUAAAUUGGGAUCAGAACAGCCUUGUAUUCUUCAUGAAGUGGAUCCAAAUUCCAUAACCACCAAAAAGGCAAAUUAAGCAUAUUGGCAUAUAUUGCCAUUUGGCAUACUUCAGCAAUCAAGAUGGAUUGAAUCAUAAGAGUUGAAAGGGACCUUGCAGGUCCAGCCCCCUAAAACAGCAUUGGGAAGCAUGUAGAUUCUGGGGCAAAGAUGGGGAGUGAUGGAAAGUGAGAGAAGGAUAGACCAGUAUUUAACUCAACAUUAGACACUUGUAUAAACUCAGGAGCUUAUAGGGUAAGGGGUGUAGCUUAGUAGUAGUAGCAUAUGCUUUGCAUGCAGAAGGUUCAAGCAUUUGGCUGAAAUUGUGGAGAGCUGCUGCCAGUUGGCGUGGACAGUAUUUGGCAAGAUGGAUCAAUGAUCUGACUUUGUUUAAGGCAGCUUCCUGUGUUGCUAGAAAAUCAGGAUGCGAGCAGACAUAAAGUCAUUUUUGCUUUUGAUUUCCUUGAGCACUUCCCCACCUGCUUUUCAAAUUUUCAAGCUAUAAAAGCAAAGGACUUUAAAAAAAAAAAAAACCUUGAGAUUCUCGGGAUGCUGAAAUCUGACCUGGAUAUCAGAUUCUCUGUUUACCUGACAGUCCCAUGGACAUACAGUACGAGAGUUUGGAUUCAAAGUUGAUCAUUCAUUUAAAGGGGGAGGUGAUUUUUGCCAGCCCCCUCCGAUGGCAGCCCUUCUACAUUGCUCCCAAGGCCUUCCCAUCCAUAACAUUUUUGGGGGUGUAGAGGGAAAGGGGAGGCAGGAAUGUCCUAUUCCAUGAAUGUAGCCCCUUGUUGCUGUCUUGAGAUGUUAUCUAAUGUGGCAACCAUUCUUUGUGCUUUUGUGGUUCAUCCAUAGGCAAAACUGGAAGUGCAAUAGUACAUACGUAACUCAUCCUAGGGGGUCAGAGGUAUGCUUUCUUGAUGUGCAUGUGGUAUGCUGUGCUAAUGUUCUCUGUAAAAGAUGUUAAAGUGCUGUAGACUGUCCUAGUAAUUUCUGAUGUUACUCUGGCCAAUCCAACAUCUAUGUGGUGCUAUGUACCAUGUUUUGAGUCUGUGACAAUAUGUACAUUUGGACAAUAAAAGUCCAGCCUGGUGAAUGAUA